UCACGCACUGUGCUUUUAGAUCAACAUUAAGCAUCCACUCCAGUGGCCAAAUUGGUCGUGAGAGGAUGACGGGGCUUGGAGGACAAUCCUUUGGGAAGUCUUAGAACAAUAACCACGAUAUCCGAAUAAGCUUCAGUGAUCAAGCAUAUUACUCUUAAUCAGCAAUAUAAGUUGCGAAAUACAUUAUGAUGCUAUUGAGGGAAUCUGAGUUUUCAACCAAAUAUAAAGUUAGAAAAAUCUACAAGGAUUCUUCGCCAUCAUAAGGUACAAUACUCCAUUCAAGACAGAACAAAAGAAUUAGCUGAUUUUGGGUCAUCCCAACCAAGAAAAGACACAGAGGCCGGCAAUUGCAACGCAUUCAUUGUUUACAUUUUUCAGAGCUACAGGGACUUACAGUAUUAUUAUAGCACACCAAUUCAGAGAAGUCGUAAAUCAAAUGGUCAUAACUGCACUCUGAGCUGCAAUGGCAAAGACUAGUUUUUAUCUUGUGUUUCUCGUGGAGUUAUUGUUAGCUUUUCAAGCCUGUGAAGCAAGCAAGGAAGUUGGAGUUUAUGAGCUGAAAAGAGGGAACUUUUCUGCAAAAUUCACAAACUAUGGAGCCACUAUGCUCUCUCUUAUCCUUCCCGAUAAAUACAGUAAAUUAGCUGAUAUUGUUCUCGGAUAUGAUACCAUUGACAAGUACAAGAAUGAUUCGACCUAUUUCGGUGCCACUGUCGGACGGGUUGCAAAUAGGAUUGGUGGGGCUCAAUUCACUCUAAAUGGAACUCGCUACAAGUUAGUUGCUAAUGAAGGAAACGACACUCUGCAUGGUGGCCUGAUAGGAUUUAGCGAUGUUAUAUGGACAAUGAAGAGUUACAGUGAAGACAGUCAUGUAACUUUUGGUUAUGAGAGCUAUGACGGAGAACAAGGCUUUCCAGGAGAUCUUUCUGUCUCUGUAACCUACAUGAUAAUUGAAACAAACAAGCUGGGUGUGAAAAUGGAAGCCGAGGCCCUAAACAAGGCCACUCCAGUGAACCUAGCCCUGCACACCUACUGGAAUCUUGGUGGCCACAACAGUGGUGACAUCCUCUCACACACUAUCCAACUAUUCGGUUCCAAGAUCACUCAAGUCGAUGAACAUCUCAUACCCACCGGCGGAAUCCUGGACAUUGAAGGAUCGCCAUAUGACUUCCUCCAACCACGCCAAAUCGGAAGCAGAAUAAACAAGCUACCCCAUGGAUAUGACAUUAACUACGUGCUCGACAACAUGGGACACAGACAUCUAAAGAAGGUUGCGGUUGUCGAGGACAGCAUAACAGGAAGAAAAAUGGAGCUAUGGAGUAAUCAGCCUGGAGUGCAAUUCUACACGGCUAAUUAUCUGGAGAAUGAGAGAGGAAAAGGUGGGUUUGUUUAUUCUAGUCAUGCAGGUCUUUGCUUGGAGACACAGGGAUUCCCAGACUCUGUGAAUCACCCAAAUUUUCCUUCACAGAUCAUUAGCCCCGGACAGACUUAUGAACAUAUAAUGGUUUUUCGAUUCACGGCAAAGUAAAAGAUCAAGACAAGCAGAGAAGGAACAGUUUGAAUACUUGAAAUGUCUAUUACAUUCUAGCUGAGUCUAAGGGGAAAGAGAAAAUUGAUUUAUGUUUUGUAUUGAAUAAGAUAUGCA